CAGAUCAACUCCUCGAUAUUAAUAAUGAGUUCGAAAAGAGUCUACUUGAAGCUCAGCUUUCUUGUGGUAUCUAGCCAUUUUUCUACACCAAAAAACUUUUGCAGUAUCUAAAUAAGCUACCUUUUCCGUAAGUAUCAGCCCUCUCCUGCCUGAGUAGGAACUUCUCUCUGUCCAUCUAGAAGCUUGCAGGUUAUCAUAGUAGGCGUACAAUUUUGCUUGAGGAUCAAGAAAGUUAAGAAUUUUAACUUUCAGGGAGUAGUCAUAUGUGCUUCCUCUCCCUAGCGGGUAAUCUGGUUCGAAGGUUCAAACUAGAACCGAGUAAGCACUGAUCCAAGAGGACUAGGGAAGGAAAGCUAGCAGCGAAUAACUGUGUUUUUUCUUGUGUUUCCCUGUCCAAUCUCCACUUGAUGGUGUCUAGCACUUGAAAUUUUUUUGUGAAACAGCAUUCUCACUGAAGUAUUCCAGAUCAAGACUGUAUCACAUAAACAAGAAAAAUUUUUGCUGUUGUAUGGGUCGGAUGAAUUAUCUAAUUUCCAUAUCCUUUGUUGUCCGAUAUACUCUGGAAUUGUGGUGGAGUGAUGAAAUCUGCGGUCUAUCUGCGUAACCAUUUCUUCUUGUGGUUUGAAGCCCUCUGUGACUCUGUCCUUGUUAUCAUCAAGCUGCAAAACUGCAAGCGAAGGAGGAGAGUCUUCCUGCUGGAUUUGUUUCGUACGUAUACUUCAUGAUCCGGUCGUGAUGACCACUUAUCAUCGCCCGCAUCGCUUACUUCUGGGAACUCAACCCGAUUCACCCCCAAGAAACGAAAGCAGAACGCACAAUGGAUACACAAGCGAGACAAAAUUUGACACCAAUAUGGUCAUCAUUCUAGCAGCUCUGCUGUGUGCAUUGAUAUGUGCUCUUGGACUAAAUUCAAUCGUGAGAUGUGCCUUGAGGUGCAGCCGAAGGUUUGCUUUCGAGUCACAGGACGAGACAGCUGCACGCCUGGCUGCAACCGGACUGAAGAAAAGCAUGCUACGGCGGAUACCGGUAGCAGAAUACGGGACCGGAGUUGUUCUACCGGCAACAGACUGUCCAAUAUGCCUAGGGGAAUUUGAGGAUGGGGAGAAAGUAAGAGUGCUGCCAAGGUGUCACCAUGGUUUUCAUGUGAGGUGUAUUGACAUUUGGUUGGCUUCACACUCUUCUUGUCCUACGUGUCGGCAAUCGUUGUUGGAGCAGCAGCCCUCGUGCCCUGAUGAUACUACAGAUACUGAGGCUCUAAGGCUGCCUGCAAAUGGAUCAGGAGGUCAUGCUGGUGUAUCCGUCUCUGCUGAGGAGGUAGGCUGAUUGCAAUUUAUUUAGGCAAACAUUUAAGGAGGGAAAUUAUGUAAAGAUGGAAGGUUGAAAUGUCCUUUUCCUAGUCUUGGUUGUCAAUCUAGCCCCUUAUUCUGCAUGAAAAAGAAUCCUUUUUGUUGUCCGAGAAUUUUAUAAUUUUGAGGGCUGAGACAUGACUGCAACGACUGCUCUCUUUUUCUGGAUAACCACGCAUAAGGAAUGAUGGAAUGAUUAUACGCUUUAAUUAAAUUGGAGGAUUCUUGAUUUUCUGUUGUCA